AUGUAUAGUCGCGGUUUGCUCGUCGAGUACUCACACAGGAUAAACCAGGACGACCCAAGAGACGUAGAAAUGGUCCAGGCUUCUGAAGAGUGCAGAAUCGCCGUAGUACGGAAACGCGUAACCGACCCUGAGACGAAGGCAGUGCGCGUCGUGACAUCCGUAUGGGCGUUUAGCGACGACAACACCACCCGCGUGGAGCUACGUAUGGAAGACGACCAGAUGUACAUCCCGUACUCCAGCUACUUCAACCCAGCCAAAGCCUCCAUCACAGUCCUCUGCGAGCUCAUAUUUCACGACGUCAAGCACGGCAAUCGGCCAGUGCGUGUAGAAAAGACUAGCUGGAUCAACUACGUCUUCGACUCACCACAAGCGGCCGCACUCUUCCAAAACGAACUAAUGGGCCGCACUCUACUCGCGACAUUCCGCACAGAGAAAACAAUGCGCAUUCACGAAGGCCUCUCCAAGUCCUUCUCUUACGCUGAGCAAAUGUGCGGCCUGGAGAACCUCCGCGUCUGGGAAGACAACGACACAGGCGCCAUCAUCGCUCUGAUCCAUUUCUCCGCCGACUUCCGAAACGGCUAUCUAGCCUUCUACCUCAACUCCUCCGUCAAUCCCAUCAAAGUGAAAGACGGCGGGGACAGGGAGGUGAAGAUCAAAGGGCUGAGAGUGCCGAUUGAUCGAGGUGAUCGCGCGAUGAGGAAGGAUAGUUUUGCGGAAGCUGCCACUGCUUCUGUUACAGGGAAAGGUAAGGAGAAAGUGGGGGUUGGGAAGAGUGUGGACAAGGGGAAGGUUAUUAGUGGGGCGAAGAUUGAGUUUGCGACGGAGAUGGAGAAGAGGGAGUUCUUGGAGAUGUGUAGCGAGAUGCAGAGGGAGUUGAUUGAGUUGCCGGAUUUGUUGGGGGUUAAUUGA